CCUCAUCCGACUUCUGACUUCGACAUGCCACCCAUAUUCCCGCUUUGGUCGUUGCCUGGACUCUCAUUCCUUUUCACUUCAUGUAUAUCUCUGGUCGGAAUAUAUGCUGACCAUGAUCUUUAGCUUACCGUUUCAACUCUAGAAUCGCCCCACAGAUACCCUCUGGCCUCGGCUCGUACGAUUGGACGAUCGGACGAUAGAUGGCUGAUCGCGGGCGUGGCGGUCGUGGAGACUUCCGGGGGCGCGGUCGAGGAGAUGGCGGUUUCCGAGGAGGAAGAGGUGGGGGAUACAGCGGCCCGCCCGACCGUGGUGGAGGAGGGUUUCGUGGUGGAGACCGUGGGGGCAGAGGAGGCGGUGGUGGCAGCCGUGGUGGCCGUGGUGGUGGAGGGUUUGAUUCGGGGAGGAUAUAUGGCGAUGGCGUCUUUCCCCAACCAGAAUCUGAAGUAACUCGGCUCGAGGACGCCUCGGUCAAGGAUCUGUCGACAGCACUCGCCGCAACUUCUCUUGCCGACAAGUUUCCGCGUAGGCCUGGGUAUGGGACAGCCGGCAACGGUGUCGUCCUCUGGACCAACUAUUUUGAUCUCAAGGCAAUCAAGACCGAUACAAUGCUCUACCGAUACAGUGUCGCUUUCCAGUCAAAAGAGGAGAUACCCAAGCCGAAGAAGAAACGCCUCAUCCAACUGCUCUUGCAACAGGCUCCAUUUGCCGGCGUACCGAUUGCGAGCGAUUGGGCCCAGGUGCUCGUUUCUACGAAGAAGAUUGCCCUCGGUGCUCAACGUCCUGUGUACGAUCUUGAGUGGUUUCCCGAGGAUGGCGAGCCACUGCCGCCUGCCACUCCUGAGGAUUCAGCGCAGAGAUCUCAAGCCCGAAGGAAAAACACUUUCAGGGCGCUUGUCGAGGAGCUUGGUACUGUAUCCCUCAAGGACCUCAUGAGUGACCUGAAGCAAUCCAACUUCGAGUAUCCCCUCAAGUUGGAGACUAUUCAAGCGUUGAAUAUCAUCCUAGCGCAUGGCCCCAGCAGGGACCCGAACAUUGUGACCGCCGGAGGAAACAAGUUUUACCCAUUCGGCGCGCACCCGCAACUACAAGUCGCUGACCUGGGGGGUGGCUUCCAAGCAAUUCGCGGUUAUUUCACCAGUGUCCGAACCAGCAUCAACAGGAUCCUCGUCAACGUUAAUGUUGCUACGGGGGCUUUCUACAAGGCUGGUUCUCUGCUGGACCUGAUGCGAGAGUUCAACAACGGGCCGCCGCAGAAUCCACAGCAAUACCGGGCUAUGGCCAAUUUCGUCAAGAAACUGCGUGUUGAGACCAAGUACAUUCGCGAGACAGACGGUAACGGCAAGGUCAGGAUGGUGAAUAAACGUCCGGUCUUCAAGCGCAAGGUGCACUCCAUUGGCGAUCUGUCGCCCUUUGGCAGGAACGCCCAGAACACCAAGUUCAAGUGGACAGAUCCCAGCGGCAAGGAAGAAGACAUCACCGUUGAGCAGUUCUUUGCUCGAGUUCAUCAACUGAAACUCCAGUCCCCACAGGCACCACUGGUCAACUAUGGUCAAGCGAACAAUCCAAAGUGGAUUCCCGCGGAACUCUGCACUGUGCUGGACGGGCAAAUGGCGAGACGUAUUUUAUUUGGCGACCAGACGCGGAGGAUGAUCGAGUUCGCCGCACGCCGACCCUUCCAGAAUGCUGACUCUAUUGCCAAAGACGGACUGCAAGUUACGAAGAUUAGCCCAGGCCUGAACGCCCACCUUGCCCAGUUCGGGAUCAAUAUCAAUCCCAAGCUGUUGACCGUCCAAGGCCGCAUCCUGCACCCUCCGCUGUUGCAGUACAGGGGAACAAUGACUGCGACGCCGGCGAACGGGUCGUGGAAUCUCGAUGUUAGAAAGCUCGGGAACAAACCCUUUCGCAUUGCACGACCCCUUGCUUCGUGGAAUUGCUUAGUCAUUAACUCUGGGCGUUAUGAGACUAUCGAGGGCGGUGUACCGGCGAUCAAGGCGCAGUUGGAGCUAUUCAGGAGAACCCUCGACACUUAUGGGAUGACUCCCGGCCCUGUACAGACUCCGCUCAUCAUCAGCGUCCAUCCCGCCGACAUUGGACCUCAAACCAAGGACCUCGACAAAGUCAAGAAGCAGAUCGCACAGGCGCUGCGAACCGGCUUCAAAGCAAAGCCAAACAUGUUGUUUGUUCUUCUUCCAAAUGACAACGCCGCGUUGUACGACUGCAUCAAGACAGUAUGCGAUGUGCAAUUAGGUGUCAUGAACAUCUGCAGCAUCGCAUCCAAGUUCACCAAGGAGAAGGGCCAGAUGCAGUAUUUCGCGAACGUAGCCAUGAAGUUCAACCAGAAGCUCGGCGGCAUAAACCAUACGGUCAAUAUCAGCAGUCUCUCUCCCCUCGAUGCUAAUACCAUCGUCUUCGGCAUCGAUGUGACGCAUCCUUCACCCGGUAGCUCGGAGUCUUCCCCAAGCAUCGCGGGUAUCGUUGCGUCAGUAGAUCAAAAUUUUGCGCAAUAUCCAGCAAGCAUGAGGACGCAAAGGGGCCGACAAGAGAUGGUGGGUGAUUUGGAGGAGAUGAUCGUGGAGCGUCUCAAGCUUUGGCAGAAGCGCAACCAAGGACGAUUGCCCAGCAAGGUGAUUGUCUAUCGUGACGGUGUCUCAGAGGGUCAGUACCGCAUUGUGAUGGAGCAAGAGUAUCCUCACUUCGUGGCUGCUUUCAAGAAACUGUAUGGAGCGGAAGCCAAGCACCCCAAAUUGUCCAUCCUCGUGGUCGGGAAGCGCCACCACACGCGGUUCUAUCCCACGCAGCAAAAAGACACGGACGGGAAGACCGGCAACCCCAAGCCGGGAACCGUGGUCGAUAGAGGCGUCACUGGCGAGAAGUUAUUCGACUUCUUCCUCCUCGCCCACCAAGGUUUGCAGGGCACCUCCAAGCCGGCGCAUUAUGUUGUCCUCAAGGAUGAAAACAAGCUAGGUGCAGAUCAGCUUCAGAAUCUUACGCACAACCUGUGCUAUAUGUUUGCACGCGCAACCCGUGCUGUAAGCAUCUGUCCUCCCGCAUAUUACGCCGACCUUCUUUGCGAGCGCGGGCGCUCAUACCUCCACGGAGUCCUCAAGGGUGGCGACGCUACCUUUGCGGCCAACGAUUGGCACAAGGAUGUGCACGCGACCCUCAUCGAUACCAUGUAUUACCUCUAAGAGGCUCGAUGCAAGGGACUUCCUCUUACCGUUCGCAACGACAUCUAUACCGGCCGACAUGACUUUUUUGAACUCCUCACUGAGCCAUUCAGCAACUCACGAGUUGCAAAUGUUGUGGUGCCCUUUUCGGAGGUUGCACUCAUGCUGGCAGUGUGGGCGGCAGGUAGCUUUG